CUUGAGUCUCUUUUUUCUCUUCCUUCUUUCUGCCCUUACCACGACGACGCGGCGCCAGAUUGGCGAGGGUGCUCAUGGACUUUUUUUUCAUCGUACAUGAGGUAUUUUGGGACCGGGCGAAGGAGUGGACAGGACGACAAGCGUCCCAGGGGAAGAGGAAAGUCAACGACAAAACGAGGAAGCGAAUGUUGGCGAGGUUCGUGAUGCUGCGAGGCUUCACAGUGAGUGACGAAUCUGAAAUCUACUGUUGCCAAAGCCAGCAACAGGCGACCGAGUUGAUAGUUGCGAUUUCUUCUGAAGAAUUUGGGGGGAUCGUGGGGAGCGAACGUGGGGGACACGAUGAGGUGUGGAAAAGAAAAAAAGAAGCGAGCGAACCGAGACCGCCCUUCCAACUGAACUGGUUUUUCCGUGGGAAGGUUCGGACGUUCCUCCUCUCAACACCAAGCCCACCGUCGUGGCUUCCUGUUUCGAGCCUCCGAGAUAAGCCCUAUGUUUCGUUCGGCGUUUGGUUGUUCCACGGGAGGUACCUAAGAGCGGAGACUCGGGCGUGGCCCCGGGGGACCUCUGACUUGCACUGGAAACCUCAGGGGACGAUAACUCAAGUCUGCGGCUUGGAGGGCGAGUCCAAGCCGCAGGUUGAAAGAGCUCACGGAGGAUAGGCUCGGUGGCUUUGUCUGAAAGUGAACCUGAGUGCCCCUGAUUUGCACCAUCCGGAGUUGUCGACUUUCAGUCUUGGGUUGGGGGGUGAGGCCUUCAACAAAGUCUUUGUUCGAAAUGGAGUUACAACAUGC